UCGGUGGGCAGCAGGCACAUGUUCCGUGGUUAACUUCGAUCUCCCCUGUCUGGAUGGAUCUGAUGAGUCUUUUGUUGUAGGAAUAAAUAAAUGAAAUAAAUAAAAAUAAAUUUGUUCACUGUGAAAGGUGCACGUGUGUGUUAUUUUCAAAUGUGGUGAAAUUAUGCAUUGUAUGCAUUUAUAUUCAGAACAAUUGAUAGUUGCGGCCACAAAAACACAGAUAAUAAAACUGCGGAAUUAAAAACUAGCGGAACUUAUGUAAAGCCGCGCGUUGUUCCUCCCCGGACUGUUACUAGUGAAGGACACGCGCUUGUUUACGCUUCGGACCCGAGCUAGCCGCCUCUCCUGCUCUGUAGAGCUCACAACAACGCGUUAUAACGCUUUACAGGGAUGUUGUGACAAGAAUGAUCGAGAACUAUGGCCGAAGACGAGCUUGUUGCGUUCAGGGAGCGUUGGAAAGAAGAGUUAACGAGUAAUACCGACGAGCAGAGACCCGUUGGCGCCGCGCCCCCUUCGCCGCGGGACGGCCAGACAGACUUUAAACACAGGUAUUUUGAAAACGUGGAAAAUCUGAACGAGGCCUGUAGUCCUUCAAAACAAGAAGGAGGAGGAGGAGGAGGAGGAGGAAAAAAGGGGGACAACGCUGCAGCGGAGUCAGAGGACCAGCCUGAAUAUGUGUCCAUUGCACGGAGUCUGCUGGACGGGAGGACCAGUCCCCUGCGGGACCGGAUGCAGGAGGAGAGGGCCCGGAGGAAGAGGCUGUACCACAACAUGACCUGCGCUCAGGACGCAGCAGCGGAGGAGGAAGAGGAGGAGGAGGAGGAGGAGGAGGUGGAGGAGGACCCGGAGCUGCUGGACCAACUCAUUCAAGACCUGAAUGAAGUCAACGACGUCCCGUUCUUCGACAUGGAGCUGCCGUAUGAGUUGGCCCUGAAGAUAUUCCAGAGCCUCAACCGCACCGAGCUGGGCCGCUGUGCCCAGGUGAGCCCGUUCCCUGUCUCCUCUCACCUGGGCCCGUUCCCUUCCAUGUGUUUGUCCCCCAGACACCGAGGACUCAUCUGCCACUACGACUUCUCUGAGGACGCCUUGUCUCAGGACCACGUGCCGCCCAUCUGCAGGUCCGACUACGUCCCGUCCUCCGGAUACAACUACAACAUCGGCCUGGCGGUGCCGUACGACAAGCUGCCCGGCUCCCACCCGGCCCGCUGACCGGCUCCCACCCGGCACGCGGACCGGCUCCCACCUGGCACGCUGACCGGCUCCCUCCCGGCACGCUGACCGGCUCCCUCCCGGGCCGCUGACCGGCUCCCUCCCGGCACGCGGACCGGCUCCCACCCGGCACGCGGACCGGCUCCCACCCGGCACGCUGACCGGCUCCCUCCCGGGCCGCUGACCGGCUCCCUCCCGGCAUGCUGACCGGCUCCCUCCCGGCCCGCGGACCGGCUCCCUCCCGGCAUGCUGACCGGCUCCCUCCCGGCCCGCUGACCGGC